GACUCUUUGGCGCAUUCCAGAACUUUGUGCGUGCGGCGGUAUGUGUGCGGGUUGCGUGAUGAGUUUGCUGCGUUUUCUGUGCCCUUUGCCUCGUUGUGACAUCUUUGGUAUAUUUCAACCUGUUGCUCGCUCUUUAUGGGCUACACGUUGCCUCGAAGAUCACCAUGAUCGCCUCCGACUCAGCCAAAUCGAAGGUUGGAGAAGUGCUCAUUCAGAUGAUCCUGGCACAGAUUGCCAUGGUGGACCAGGCAAGUGUGCAACGGCCUUGAUUCACCAUGUGUUCACAGAGAAGAACCUCAUGGGCCACUCACUUCUCGAAAACACCACCACCAAUAGGCAAAAAGAGGCUCUUGGCCUUAUCAGGGUCAACGCUGUUAUAGGCUUUACCUGUCACAAGUUUCCUGGGACAAACAUGGCCCACAUUAAGAACACACUGGCCUCACUUCUCGCAAGGGACCUGAAGUGUCCAGAAGAGCUCAAGUCUGUGGACAGUUCAAGUGCUGUGCACUUGCAGCCCUCAACAUUUUUUUAUUAUUAUGAUGUUUCUAGUCACCUGAAAAGCCCAGGUUGGAUGGUUCAGACACAAGUACUGUGUUGUGAUUAAUAAUUAAUUGCACAAGUGUUGUGCUUUGUAUUUUAGUACAUUUUACGUAAAUUUUUAAUAUAUUUCUACAAAAGAUAGUGUUUCUUGACUAUUUUAUUUCAUAGGUAUCUCGGGUCCUUUCAUGCCAACACUGUUCCAUGACGGCACACCAUUUCAAGUUUGUUUGAUAAAGUAAAAGUAGGCGCAGUGAGAAAUUUUACAGAAAAUUAGGUUUCAUACAUACACCUGAAAGUGGAAUCUGUGCUAUUGUCAGAGUGGUUCUGUUUAAGAAAAACUACAUAUUAACAUAUGAUUGUAGUAAUGGUUUAGUUUGCUAUUUCAAAACCGUAAGAAUUAAUAGGUCAAAGUUUGCUUAAAUUCAGAGUGCAACAACAGUUCUCGGGCAAGGCAGCGAUGUGCUUUCUUUCAUGUACGCAUGAAAUCUGAUUUCUUGCAAAUUCUUUCAUUCUAACUUGUUUUGCAGCACUCAAAAAUUAAAACAAAUUUCCUCAUGCCAGUUCCAUUUAAGUCUUCCAGCAGGUAACUAAUGGCCACUGUCUAUCAGAUACAAAUCUUAAGUAGUAAAAGUGAAUAAAUCGCUUGGUAUGUAAUGACCUGCCCAGGAACCUAGUAAUGAUGGCAGAAAAUGCAACUGGAUCGUGCAACAAGCAAUACAGCACAAUAAACUGCUGCCAUGGCACAACUUAUUGUAAUUACCAUGUCGUUUCAGAGGUAGAUAACGUUUAGUGAAAUGGGCACACAUAAUUUAACCAAUAAGUAAGAGUCUCAGUGGGCUCAUGCAAAUAGUGCCAUGAUUAUUAAGUUACUGGUUACGAAAUAGAGAAAGCAAGUACUUUUUAAAUGUUUUUUACUGUAAUGCUUAUAUAUUAUUUCUGUUAUAUUUAUUUCAAUUUUGAGAAAUGUUUUAUUUUAGGGCCACGCAAACUUUACAUCUCUCAGUACUCAACUUCGUUAUUGUAUCAAGCUGCUGGCAGUUUGUAGAUUGCGUUAGGAUUUUUUUGAUCUCAAGGCACACAUGGCUGUACAGUUAACAAAUGUUUGGCUUCAAUAAACAAUUCAUCUAGAAAUAAAUGCUUUUUGUCCACAUCAAUUUUGAGCUGUUGAUUUCAUGUAGGAGUAUUGAUUUUGUGUGUUAAGCCAAUUUAAAAACUGGCAUAAUGGUUCUGCUAGCAGCUCUAUAAUAUGUUUUAUUACAGGCUAUAUCUAAAAGUGGUUUUGAUCCCUGGGUGACCCAGGUCUGCAAUACAAAAGUGCCUGCAUUUAAGUUUGCUCCUGUCCUCUAGUAUGCAAGGACCACAUCAAUAUGGCAUCAAUGGUAAUGCUAUGAGACUCAACGUAGCUUAGCGGUAUUUAAAUAAAAGUCUAGUGCAGUUUUCAACACUACUCACCAAACAGCAUAUUUAAGUGGGCUCUCAAGUGAUUUCAAUAGUGAUGUUCAACACUGCUCCAAUAAUAUUUAAAUGGUGUUGCACUAUUGACUAACACUGCACG